CUUAUCUUCGUCACGGCGCCGAGGACGGCGACCGCGAGCUCGUGUCGUGCACGCUCUAGCUGGGACUUAUACUCGCCGCAUGUCCACUGCUCCCGCAGGUCGUCCCACUGCGCAUCCCCUCAUCCCAAACCACCUCUCCUCUGGCGACCCACUCGAUAGAGACCUUGCGGGCUUCUGCGACCACGGAACUGUAGAACUAGAACAGCGUAGACGCCGCCUGCCGACGCGACCGGGAUGACGUCGCGUGCACUCCUGACCACCUCCUCCGACCGGUCGCAAGGAGAACAGUCUCACUCUGGUGGCGAUGAGAGGGCACCGCUUCUGAGUGGUAGCAGGGCGAGGCCGGCGAAGAAGUGGUACCGUGCGCGACCACUAUGGCUGGUCCCAUUCUCAAUUACCGCUUCGAUCGUCCGAGGCAUGACUAUUGGCCCCAGAGUCGAAGUCUUCACUCAACUCUCCUGCAACGCUAUUUAUGGCCAUCACUCCUACAACCACACUUCCGAGAACACGAACACAAUCCUUCCAACUAUCUAUUCACGUGAUCCCACUCACAUCGAGUCCUUUAUUUUCGCUUUGGAUGGAAUGUCUCUUGCAUCGUCUAUUCUUACCCAUCAUCGACCCAUCACAUUUGUGACUCAACCCGACGACGACGAAGACGACGAUGAACGUGACCCUCGUACCCUACCCUCCAAGAGAUGUUCCCAGGAUGCAGCUGUUCAGAAAGGAGCAGCUCGUUUACAGACUAUCAUGACAUUUACGGCCGGUGUCCUUUCCGCUCUGACGACAGGCUGGUGGGGUCACUUCGGCGAAAUGCGUGGACGCACGAAGGUUCUGUCGGCAGCGACGCUCGGUCUCUUCCUGACCGAUCUGACAUUCAUCCUAGUCUCCACGCCGCAUAGCAUAUUCGCUGCACAUGGCCACAAGUUGCUCGUGAUCUCACCGAUGGUCGAAGGUUUGCUCGGUGGCUGGCAGACGCUCAUGGCUGCAGUCAAUGCCUACGUCUCGGACUGCACCUCGGACGGGUCGCGCGCGCACAUAUUCUCCCGCUUCCUCGGUAUCUCCUUCUUCGGGUUUGCCCUCGGGCCUGCUGUAGGCGCGUACUUCAUCCGCCACCCGUUCGUCGUGGGUCCCUUGCCAAGUCCGAGCGCGCACGGCACGACGCAGAACGUCACGACUGUGUUCUAUAUCGCGGCGUUGUGUUCGUUGAUCAACCUGAUGCUUGCGCUCUUCGUCUUUCCUGAGCCUACGAAGAAGGCGAAGAUUUCGGCGGAGACGCAGGCGCUGCCGGAGGGUGAAGGCUCAACGCCAUUGUCUCCUGGCAAACAAGGACAUAUGGCUGGCUUCUUGGGUCCCUUCAAGCUGGUGGCGCCCAGAGUUGUCCAGAAUCCGGACGGCACAUCCAGGAAGGAUUGGCGGAUCACCCUUAUCGCGACGUCCUUACUUGUGUAUGCUCUAUCGACAGGCAUCUUCCAGAUUAAAUACCUGUACGCAGUGCACGUCUACGGGUGGGAUGCCGAACAACUUAGCUACUACAUAUCUGCUAUGGGUGGCUGUCGGACACUGUACCUGUUGGUGCUGAUGCCAGUCGCGAUCUACUUCUUCAAGCCCAAGCCCAAGGUAUCCCCUCAGGCUUCCGCGGCUCCUACCGUGAAAGGGAAGAAACCGCCGCAGACGCCUGCGCAGAUCGCGGCCGAGAUGCGGUUUGACUUUGGACUUCUGCGAACGUCGCUCGUUAUCGACUUGAUGUCGCACGUCCUGGUGUCGCUAUCGUCGCCCGACUCCAGCUCGACCGCGUUCACGAUGUUCACCUCUCUAAGCAGCUUCGGCGCGGGCGUUGAUCCGGCGCUUCAGAGCCUUGCGCUGUGCAUCAUGCAGGCGAACGGCGAGGACAACCGCGGCCAGUUGUUCGGCCUGUUCGCGAUGCUGCGUACCAUCGGACAGAUGAUAAUUGGCCCGCUCAUAUUCGGCCUUAUUUACGCCGAGACGGUCGCGACGUUCCCCAAGGCCAUCUUCGUGGCCGCAGGCAGCUUCGCCUUCGCCGCUUUCAUCUUCCUCUCGCUCAUCCGCCCCGAUGCCGGGAUCAAGGUGCGCCGUAGAGUAGCGCGGCGCGUUGACGAAGGCGAGAUGGAGAGAGGGCGGUCGCGCGUGAGCAAGGACAUCAGCAAGUCUGGCACACGCGUUGCGGUGGUCUCUAUCGGGGGCACGCCGUCCAGUCAGGGCACGGCUUCUGGGUCGAUGACACACUAGAUGGAAUGGUAGGAUGGAUUGGAUGACUGACAGGGUGAUAGAGUGUUGUAUUUUGAGAUCUACUUUCUGUACCUGCCUAAUCUUGAGUAUUGUAUGUAUAUAUGAAUAGAACCGUUGUGCGUAUUGACAA